GGAGGGAGGGCGGGCGGGCAAGGCGGUCCCGCCUCCCUGGAGGGCCGGGCACUUGGCGGCGGCGGGGAGGUGGCGCAGGCAGUCGAGGGGGCGGAGGAGGAAGCAGACCCGACGGGGGUUCCGCCGCCAUGGGGGGCUCGGGAAGCCGCCUGCCGCGGGAUUUGCUCAGCGAGUACCAGGAGCUGACUUUCCUGAGCAAGCAGGAGAUCUUGCUGGCUCACCGGCGCUUCUGCGAGCUGCUGCCCAAGGAGGGGCGGGACCGCGCCUUCCUCACCCGGCUCCCCCCCAGCAAGAUGCUGACGCUGCCCGAGUUGCGGGCAAACCCCUUCUGCCACCGGAUCUGCCAGGUCUUCUCCACGGCCGCUGAUGGGGAAGGCGGCCUGUCCUUUGAGGACUUCCUGGACAUGCUGAGUGUCUUCAGUGAUGCCGCCACCCCAGAGAUCAAGUCCCACUACGCCUUCCGCAUCUUUGAUUUCGAUGAUGAUGGAACUCUGGACAAGAGAGACCUGGAGAAUCUGGUGAAAUGCCUGACUGGAGAAGGAGAGGAGAGCCGGCUGAGCCCCACGGAGAUGGGCCAGCUCCUCCAGAACAUCCUAGAAGAAUCUGAUAUCGACAAGGAUGGGACCAUCAACCUCUCUGAGUUCCAGCACAUCAUCUCGCGCUCGCCCGACUUCCCAAGCUCCUUCAGAAUUGUGCUGUGAGCUCCUCCUGUGGCUCUGGAUGGCCCCUCCUCCUCUGAGCCAAGUGGCCCUUGAAAACUGCUCUGUCUGGGUGGCAGGCCGGCAGGACACAUCUUUCCCCCUCCCCCGGGGCCUGUGAGCCAGUGUCCCUCCCCCAGGAGAGUCGCUGUUGGAGGAUCCCGCUCCUCUCAGGGCUUUGGCCACGCUGUGCCUUGGCCUCCCCUGUCCUCUCUGGUCCUGCCUGCUCUUCCUUCCACAGGGGGAGGAUCCCGCACAAGCAGAGUCCGCCCUGCCCCUUCCCAUAGCUGGAGUGGGAGGGGGGGAAUUCUGGCCACCCUUUGUUGGAUGGGGGAGGGGGGCGCUUUUUGUAGAAGGAGAAACACUGGUGCCUCUGAAACUUGUCUUACAACCUCAGUCAUGGCCCUGGCUGGUCUCUGCCUGGAGUACUAAUAAAGCUCAGGAGCGAAA